UCAAAACUAAUUUCACCACGAAAGGAAGUGCAUUCGAAAUGAAUGAAGAAGACAAGGUAAUUCUAGUGAGUUAAUAAAACGACACGGUGUUGCCUGUCAGCGUUGUAGACUACUGCCUCAUAAGCCCGGGCUUUAGUGGCACUGGCAGACGCGCUUGCAUCUGCACUGAAGGAGCCAGCGAACGCGUCCGCGUUGCAGCUCUCACUUUCUCCCGCCGCAGUAUGUCCGACAAUGACAUAUUUGGUGGGGAUUGGCAGCCAACAAUAGGAUUGGAUUGGGACUAAAUCAAAGAAUAAAACGAUAUUGAAAUGAAUAUUAUUAACAAAUAUUUCCCAGAAGAUUUUGGGUUCAACCUAAGGCUGACUAGGACAGAUCAAUCAACUUGAUCCGACACAGUAGGCCUACAUGUCAUACGCAAGUAAACCCACAAGAGAGACAAUAUUGCAAAGGCAGGACCAUGUUCGAUGGAAGGCGUAGGGGUAGGCAAUCGAAAACGUUUGACGGGGAAAUUUCUGUCAAUAUUAGCUAGUCCUACUGAGUGGGCAAGUAACCUUUCCCGCGCUCUUCCUAAAAAUACUAUGUGUGAUGUCAUAAAGGUCUAACGUUCCAUGACGUAGCAUGUAGCCCUAAAUUACAGUCCCUGCCUGCAAUAUUGUCCUCACUCUCGACCUGAACUCAACUUGAAUAACCAACACAGACAAGGACAUGCUUUAUGAGAUAUGAAAUAGCUUGAAUGGAUGAAGAAAAGGUAAUCUAAAUUACUUCAUACAAUAUUGGGGGAAAGUAAAAAAGGGUAAAGCAAUCUAAGCGGAUAUUUCUUGUAAAAAGCUAUAACAUAUUGUAAAGCAAAUGUACCAUUCUUUAUAAAGUCACCAGCUUAGCUCUGAUAUGGCUGUAGCUCUAUUUAUGAUGUCCUCUGCACAGAUCUACUCUGACAUUGACAUAUUAUUACUUAUUGGAAUGUCUGUCCUCCAGGUAGCACAGAGGGAGGAUGGUGAUCCUCAGAGGGAAGGAAAGGAAGUUGUUGAGGAAGAACCGGUGGCCACGCCCAAAGAGGAGGCCAAGAAGGGAAGGAAGGCAAAAAGGAAGAGGAGUGGCAAGAAGUCAAGGAAGCUGGGCACUGACAACGAUGCAGUCUCCAGGAAUAAACACCUGGAUAGAGGAUCUGUAAUUGAGCUCCUGGAGAAGAAAGCUGUUAAGGCUGCAUUCGGCCCAGGCAACAAGGAUGAGAUGGAAUACUCCUACCCAAUCCUCAUCUCAUUCCUGCGCAAUCUUACUGAUGAGCAGUGGCAAGUGAUCUACAAAGGACUAAAAAACCCUAUGACGAAGGAACAGCUUGCCAAAUUGUGCAAGACAAUUGUAACCUUCAUCGCACAGACCACCCUGCAGAUCCUGCUGCCAGCCCUGGCCCGCGUACUUGGGGUAAAGGACUUUGCUGACAACGACACUGACUCACCCAAGAGGGGUGGCAGUGCAAGAUCCUUUGCUGCCUUUGAUCAGGAAAGACUGGAGCUCAUCCAGGAAGUUAGAUAUCUGGCGAAGAAAAUGUAUAAGGGCGGCACAGGGGCUCAACAUCUCAGGUCCCUAACACCCUCUUCUAAGAGUUCCCAGACCUCAGUGAAAGUCCACCUGGGAAUGACAGAGGACAGAAUCAUCAAAAGUGUCCAGGAGCAACUGUCUGAUCAUAAUAUCCUGUCCUCUUGCCCACCUGAGCUGACUGUUGGUCUUAUCAAGGUGGUGGUCGAACAGCUUAACUCUGCCCUCUCUGCGACCAUCAGCAGAGCCAUUUCAGGGCAGUCCUCCCCUAUUUCUUCUGGUAACCAGGCCGCUGAACAAAUGGUCAACAUGGUCCAGAAAUGUUUUGAUGAUCACACCUCUGUAUUAGAGUCAUGCAUUCCACCUGCAACAGAAGAGGUGAUGACUGUUAUCGCAGAGAUGGUGGGUGAAUUGGAAAAAGAAGAUCCGGAAUUGGCUAAGGUUUUUCGAGAAGUGGCUGUGAAAGUUAAAAUGUUGGCAUCUGGCAGUGACCUUGUAGUAGAGCACCUGGAUGUUGAAGACUCUCCUGUUCCAGAGGAGCUGAACAUAAUAUGUACAUCUUGCAAAGCAAUGAUGCAAAAUCUUGGCACUCUGUUUAGUGUGAAGUUCAAGACCAAAGCCUCAAAGGCUGUGAGUGAAAUUCUUGUGAGAAGGUUAAUGAGCGAUAUCUCUGGUAUGGUUCAAACCUCUCAUUCGUUUAGUACCACUCCAAGCUUGAUGAAUGCAUCUAGCCACUCUGACAGGAUCCUUGAUUCUGCGGCCACUGAGCUCAUACAGACCAAAGUAGAAUCUGAGGCAUCAAAAAUAAUUGAUAACUUUGUUGAAGAUGUCAAGGACAUUGUGCAGUAUGCUGAAUUAGAUCAGCCAACAAGCACCCAGAGAGAUACCCAAGUGGGACACUGUACGACAAAGCGGAAACCCUUCCAUGCAGCUCGUAGACUCUGCGAGAGACUUCAGGCAAAGCUGGAGACAUUAUUCCUCAGAAUGGGUGGAGCUCCAGUCCAAGGGGAAGAACUUAUGGAAAAAGCUGACUCCAGUGCUGUGCUUCUGGAGCAUACUGACUCCAGUGAUCUGCCUGUUUCAAUCCUGAGCUUGCCUUCCCCAUGUAGGAGUGAAUCCCCUAUAUCAGAACGUAGUUCAUCUUCUUUAUCUGAUGGAUGUGAUUCAACUGACUCUGUAGGAGAGAAACACCAGAGCAACCUGAAACCAGUAAGAGUGAGGCAAUACUGCAAGUGGUCAACUCAACAGGACUUGGUUCUCUCCGUAAAUGCCAAAGUGAGAACUCUCAACCAUUACUGUCUCUCUGUGAUUCCAACAUGGUGCCCUGCACCAAAGAGGUCUUGUCCCAGAUUGUGACCAUGUAUAGGUCAGAGGUGGCAGAUUUGGAAUGCACAUCAUCUGUUGCAGAGGGUUCCUCUUACAACUCCCUUGAAGUCUGUGGCUUUUUGGACAGUGUCAUGUCUUAUCUAGAAGACAUGCCUGUGUCUGGUUCUUUGUGGUUGGAAGGAUUAAGAGAUACUCCAGCCUCAGUCAUUGAGAAACUCUCCAGUGAGGAGUUCCAGAUGAACGCUACCAACGAAGUGCGAAAAAUACUGAUCAAAUCAGUCAGUAGCUUUCCCAGCAAAGUCAGUUCCAGCCAGACAGAUUCUCAGAUGUUGCCAGCAAAAUCAACAAUUUCCUUAAGGCAUACAGAUAUAACUGCUUUUGAAAUCGUUGGAUCAAUUACAAAUGACAUGAAGAGCCUUUUCCCACCCACAGAGUCUUCUACUACUCUAUGGCAGGCAGACUCUAUGCUUCAACAGAGUGAUGAGAAAACCUCAGAGUACACUGAGGCCACACCCAAAGGCUCACAGUCUGGUUUGGAAGUAUCUGAGAAGAAGAUCUGGACAACUGCAAAGACUAUUUACCACAAUGUGAAGACAAAGAUGAGGAAUUAUUUUACAUGGCAAAAUCAAGUCAAAGCAACAACGGCUCAAGCCAAAAAGACCCUCAGCCAUAUUCUGCUUUCAAUUCAGAAAGAGCUGUCAAAAUCUGACCAAACGGUGACUGCGCUUUCACAAAUAGAGAAUGUGGUUGGAAUGAUGCUGAAGGAUGUUGAAAGGGUAAGCAGUGAAUGUGGUGAGGAACUGAUCUAUCAAGCGCCACAGCGUUCUUCCUCCUCGUUGUCAUCCUCAUCUGCCAGAUCAAAAGAAGUCAGAGUGGGAAUUUGCACUCCCUGGCACUCCCAUCUCUUCUGAUUUACCAGAGAGUAUUACUCAGCCCAUUGUGAGAUGCUCAGUCAUCGACAUGGGCAAAUCUACUAAGCCAAAAACAUUGGUGUGUGAUGCCAGGGAAAGCAUGUCUGCAAUAGUGGAUACCAUCAUAAAGGAGGUACAUCCAGAGGAAGAAGGGGAGGUUGCAUUCCACCCUGGUCUAACAGCUGCAAUAGCAAGACUGGAGGAGCUCAUAUCUCAGGGUAGGAUUGGUGCUCUCUCACGUGAUCUUACUCACCGAGUCAACCGCAUCAUUUCUGAGAGCAACUUGACCCCUCUGGUUCUGACAGUGGCGGCUGGAAAGAGUGCAUCCGAUACAGUCCUUACUGAGCUGAAGAGGAAUGACAAGACGGUGGGGAAGCCCACAGUUUACAAGGUGGUUCAGCUUUUUGCAGAGGAGUCUGUGAAGCGCCUCUUGCUUCCUAGCCUUGUGCCCUCUACAGCUUCACUGAGUUUGGCUCAGGGAGUUAGUGUGCCGGCUAGCGUAUCUGAAGAUAGGAUUUCAUGUUCUUUUUCUUCAUCAGCAUUUAGUGACACAGUCAGCCUGUUUACCAAAGUAAUGGUAAGCCAGGUCAUGGACUCUGUGGUUUCUGAUGCACAAAGCAGAGGGUCAUCUCCAACCGGAACUGUAACUGAUAUAGGCAGUCUACUGAGUGGUAAGUCCUACCCUUUGCCAUCUUUCUCCGCCAUCAGCAUGACAACAAGUGGGACCUCCAAUGCUGCACGAGGCUUUGAGGCCAACAUAGAUGCUGAGGAAAGGGAUACCAUCAGUUGUUUCGGUGUACCUCAGAGCAUUGUUGGUGAUCAGAAUUCAACCAGCCCGGAUGUUGCCUCGCUUUUAACCCCAUCCACUGACAACUUAGUCGGUGAUGAUGACUUCACCGGCCUCAUCAGCAUGUUAGUGGUGAGACUUCUGUCAAAAAUCCAAACCCAAACUGAUCUGUACCCAACUGACGUCACACGCACGUCACAAGACCUGAUUCCAAAAGUUAUAGCUGCCUUCUGUGCAUGGUCAGGCUGCUCUGAGACCCAAGCUUAUCCCAAGAACCUGAAGAGUCAUAAAGUAUACAGCACCGUCUACAAACAUCUGUUGAAGGAGUUUGGCUCAGAGAAAAUACUCCAACUGGCCGUGUCGACUCAGGACUCCACUUUCAAUAGGAUUCUUGUGAAGUCAUUGAGCAAGGAGCUUCUCCACAGUUGUAACGAGGCAUCAAGAGCAGCCUCAAGAACAUCUUUCGAAGCCACCAGGCCAGAAGCUCUUCUCAUGGCUGAAGAUGUGAAGGCUACCAGAGGGAAGCUGUCUUUCCUACAAAGGCUUGCCAGACUGAAAUUCAACUUAAAGGUACAUCACACUUAUUGAAGUUAACAAUUGUGUCAAUGUGAGUAAACAAUGUUAUUUAGAGAAAAUGUAAAACCAUCCAUUAAUUCCAAAACCAUUUAUAAAUUUUGUUGUGCUGGUGUGUAAGAUGUGAUCGUUAUUACCGUGAGAUUGUUCUGCUGGGACAGUUGUUUUGACACAUGUUUUUGUUUUAGCCAUUCAUGAUGGGAAACAAGAAGGAUUCCAAGAAGAAUUCCCACCAUUCUGAAUCCAAAGACCAGACUACUGCUGAAGAUAUCAUGUUGGCACAUCCUGGACUCCCAGAGGGUCUUCCCUCCAACUCUCAACAGGAGAAGCCUCGCAAACGUCCCCUUCUAAUCAGGAUGUUUUCCACCAUCUCCAUAGGCCUAUCCAAGCCAUUCAAACAGUUUUCAAAGCAAGCUUAAUACAACAAUUUCCUUUAAUACAGUAAUAUUUGCAUUGAAUUGAUGGCCUUUGUCUUCUUUUGUGUUGCCCUGUUAACACAUUUGAUUAGAAAAUACAUAGUAUAUUUAGUUUAGUUUAUUAUGCAGUCAUAGUCACGGUGUAGGCUAAACAAAGUAAUGUUGUCCUGAAUAAUGUAUAGAACAUGCCCCCCCCCCCCCCACACACACACAGUGUGAUUCAUUGAACACACACACAUAGUACUUCAGAUAUGUCCCACAACCAACAUUCAACCAGAUAUCAAUGAUUCAGUGUCAAAUACAUGUACUGUAAAAUAAACCGUAUUUAAUUUACAACCAAUCAAAUAAUACAUGAUGCAGGACACUCAGUUAUCAGGGAAUUAACUGGUUUAACUUCUCAAACAAACUCACACAUUUCCAUUUUCUGUGGAUCGCCCAUGUUUACAUUUUACUGAAUGCCAGUCUGACCUUUGACCUGUAGAUGGCAGUAAGGGUCUACUUUUGCUGCAGAUCCACUUCUAAAGCUCAAACCUCUCUGGACAAGGAGCCGAAACAUUUGUCCCUCGUGAGAGAGAGUAUGUGUGUGUGUGUGUGGCAAGAAAUGGGAAUAUUGCACUACACUUUUAUGAUACAGAUACAUUUUGCAUUCGGUAGCAUAGCACAGCUGUAGUUUUUUCAAAUGCCAAAUGUACAUGUAGCAUGCUUCUGCCUACAGAUGCUUUUCUGAGUGACUUGUGUUGUGAGAGAACCAGAAUUCAAACAUAAACUCCUGGAUUACAUUUUAUAACAUUGUUAGCUCUUUUUAGUAACAUAUGGUAGCAUACAUGUUUCACACGGUGGCAAGUCAAGCUAGUUAGUUACAUGUAACACCAUUACAUUAUAUGGUCAAUGUGUGUGUGUAUCCUCUUAGCUUUUACCUUCGACAUUAACAAGCGACGCACGGGCUGGUCCUGCAGACUCCCACGCCCAUGGCCCAGGAGAAGGCUGGGGGCUACCUGCUCACUCACGUCCCAGCAAUCUCCUUUGAGACCGACUCUACUGUGGAGUGCACCUCCAAGAGGACUCCGGAAGAGAGGGACCGGGUGAAGGUUAAACUGGCCAACAUGGCCUUGAUGGGAAGGAUAAAAAGUCUUGGCUGUGAAAUGCCCAUUAUGUGUGAUUAUCGAAUUGAUCAUUUUCCACUUUUGAAACAACAAUGGGAAAGACAGGGUUUAUAGCAAAGUUUGCUCAGAUUGGGCUUUUGGAAAAAUUGGGAGAAUGGAAGUGCACUCCUGAUUCAGAGAGAAAGAUCCAGCUUAAUCAUCCAUACCAUUGUUUAAAUUACAAUAAAAAAACAUUCAAACUGUUCCUGAGUUUCGAAAGACAGAGAAAGGAAAACAUCAUUAUCUUCAGUCUGUUCACACCUGUUCACACAAGUCCUACUGUCCACAAUCUCAGGGUUCUUCAAUACAAACACACCUGUUUCAGAAAACCUGAUCACUUUCACAUUCAAACAAUGUUUGUAGGAUACUUUUCAAUAACUCAAUAAAUGUAAGUGUUGAAACCAUACAUAGCUGGUAACUUGAGCUCGGCAGAGUAGUUUUGACCUGUGUCCAGAUGCAGUCAUUUAUGUUGUCUAAAGGCAAUUUGUCUCUUAUAACAAUGUUGUUUUUCUGAAUAAUCUAAUUGAAUUGACUGGUAGGUAGUCACUAACUAUUUGUAGCAUGUGUUUCUCUGUUUAUUGAUAUUUGCAUGGUGUGUAUGUGUUAAGAUGUUAAGUAAUUAAUGUUGAUAUUAUCCAAAGGGUUUAACUGAAAUGUUAAAUGUUGGUGUCUCGA